GCCGGUUUCCCCAACUUUUUGUUUCCCAACGGCGCCGCCCAAGGGAUCCGUAGCCGGCGUCCAGGCAGCGUGCCCGCCUUCCGCUGCGCCGGCGGUGACGGUUGGGAGAAAGUAACGACCACCAUGGAUCCCGACUUCGACAAGAAGGCCUUCCGUCACAACCUCACAAGGAGCGAUAAUUACAAUCGCAAGGGGUUUGGCCACAAGAAGGAGACGCUGGAGCUCAUGGAUCGUGAAUACACGAGUGAUGUGAUAAAGAAGCUUAAAGAGAAUAAUUAUGAGUAUACGUGGGGCAACGUGACGGUGAAGCUGGCGGAAGCGUUUGGAUUUUGCUGGGGAGUGGAACGGGCUGUUCAGAUUGCGUACGAGGCCAGGAAACAGUUUCCGCAGGAGACGAUUUGGAUCACCAACGAGAUUAUACAUAAUCCUACCGUCAACAAGAGAUUGGAAGAGAUGGAGGUGAAGAACAUUCCCAUUGAAAAUGGGAAGAAACAAUUAGAUGCUGUUGAUAAACAUGAUGUUGUGAUUUUGCCUGCAUUUGGAGCGACAGUUGAUGAGAUGUAUACCUUAAGUCAGAAGAAAGUACAGAUAGUUGAUACGACAUGCCCAUGGGUAUCAAAGGUCUGGAACAUGGUUGAGAAGCACAAGCAGGGAGAUUACACUUCGAUAAUUCAUGGUAAGUACUCUCAUGAAGAGACUAUUGCCACCUCCUCUUUCGCAGCGAAGUACAUUGUUGUGAAAAACAUUGAAGAGGCACUGUAUGUUUGUGAUUACAUUCUUGGAGGGCAACUUAAUGGAUCUAGUUCAACUAAAGAGGAUUUUCUCGAGAAAUUCAAGUUUGCAGUCUCUCCUGGUUUUGAUCCGGAUGUAGAUCUUGUAAAAGUUGGUAUUGCAAACCAAACAACAAUGCUCAAAACUGAGACAGAAGAAAUUGGUAAAUUGGUAGAGAAGACUAUGAUGCGAAAACAUGGAGUAGAGAACAUCAAUGAACACUUCAAAAGCUUUAACACAAUAUGUGAUGCGACUCAGGAGCGGCAAGAUGCUAUGAACAAGCUGGUUGAGAAUAAACUUGAUCUGAUUCUCGUUGUUGGUGGGUGGAAUUCAAGUAAUACCUCGCACUUGCAAGAGAUUGCCGAAAUCAAUGGAAUACCAUCUUAUUGGAUAGACAAUGAAAAAAGAAUCGGACCAGGAAACAAGAUAAGCUAUAAGUUGCUUCAUGGGGAACUUGUUGAGAAGGUAAACUUCCUGCCUUCUGGACCCAUCACAAUUGGACUAACAUCAGGGGCUUCAACUCCUGACAAGGUUGUGGAAGAUGUUCUGAUAAAGGUCUUCGAUAUCAAGCAUGAGGAAGUCCUGCAAACGGCAUAGACCGCAACAUAUCAAUGUGGAAUUUAUAGCUGCUUGCUCAGUUUGAGAGCAUAAGCCCUAACAGCAACUCAUACCGGCCGUCUCUGCUUAUAGCCUUACUGUAGCUGCGUUGGUUGCCCCAAAUCAAUUUUUCUUCUGUGGUUCUCAGCUGUCUGUAUAGCAUAUCUACAAAUAAAUAUUACUGCUGAUGCAAAUGUUCAGCUUUGUCUGUCGCCAAUUUCUGUCUUAUUAUUACUUGCUUUUAUAUGAAGAGAAUUGAAGUCAUUAAUAAUUGUACUGUUCUUCAUAAACAUAAUAAGCAAAACAUAAUAUGUAAACCCUAAA